CUACAUCGUGUCAAAAUUCUUUCAUCGGUUUAUGACAUAUCAUAGAAGAUUGAGUGUAAUAAACACACGAAACCUUCACCUUUAUGACACGUUUUGUUUUGGGGUGGGUACUUGGCUGUUCCUACUGGACAGACAACAUUCAGAAGAAACGGUAGAUCGGUUUACAAGCCAUCAUUGAAGUACAGCAGCAGUACCAGCGACGAGAGACAAAGAAGACAACUUGGAAAUUGGCAGGAUGAGGCUGUGGCCAUUUUUCAUUUUCCAUCUCCUCUGUGUGGUGGAUGCCAACGGCGAGAUCACGGUGAACGACUUCACCAACCAGGAGAAAACCAACAUCUUAGACGAGCUCACAGUUGAGGAGCGCCAAUUACACCUCAGCAUCGUGGCGGCGCUUAUGGAUAGCGACCAGGAUAGUUUUGUGACCACGGAGGAACUGAGUAAUUGGAUCAAACGCAUGUACAAGGUGUGGGUCUUCCAGAGAAUUGACAACCAGUGGCCACAGUUCGAUCUCAACGCCGAUGGUCUGGUGUCAUGGGAAGAGUACACCAACGUCACCUACGGAGAGCGUAUCAAUCGCCCUGAACCCAAGGGUAGCCAUGGGCUCAAAUGGAUGCUGGCGCGCGACGCAAAGAGGUUCAAGGUUGUCGACCAGGACGAGGACCAGAAGGUGAACAGAGCGGAGUACGCCGCUUUCCUUUACCCCGAGCGUUUCGAUCACAUGGAAGAGACUGCCAUACGUCAAACACUGGGAGACAUGGACGACAAUGGGAAUGGCGUGAUUGAAUUGGGAGAGUAUAUUGGUGAACUGCACCUGGAGGAAGGCGAGCCGGAACCAGAGUCGGUGUGGCUCAGCAAGCGCAAUUUCAAGGUCCUGGACAAGGACGGGAAUGGCAAUUUGGACACGGAUGAGAUCAGAGAAUGGAUCAAGCCCAUCGAUCACAUCCACGCUGAAGAGGAGGCCAAGCGCUUGGUCUCUGAGUGCGAUGCGGACAAAGAUGGCAAGUUGUCCAAGACUGAAAUCCUGGACAACUACGACAUGUUUGUGAGCAGCAAGGCCACCAAUUUUGGAAGAGCCCUCGUUCAACACGAUGAGUUCUAAAUUUUUAUGAUUGUUUUCUCUUUACAGUUGACUUCAUUUGGUAGCGCGCUAAUUACUGUUCUCUAAUUUGAAGGCAGGUUUUUCUACAAAAUUUAUUUUUAGGGUUAACUUAAGCAUGUAGCGUGCAGGAAGAAUAUCAACUAGUGAUUGUUCUUCAUUUAGAAAAUUCUCUUUAAUAGUAAAGACAAGUCUGAAUUUCAGAUAGGCUAAUUCAUUUCUUCAGAGUGGGCGAUAAAAUGUUUAGAAUGAAGCAUUAUUUGUGUCAGUUAAAAAUAAAUACUUCAGCAUGAGGUU